AUGACCUCCAACGCAUCAUCCACGCCAUUCCUCCCACUUCCACUUCCACUUCCAAAUGCGAAUGGCUUCACCAAUACUCUUCCUCCUCCAAGAGAAAGAGUACUCCCAAAUCCCACCUUCCUAACAACCAUGACCACCGCCGCCACACUCGGGAAUUUCUCAGGUGCGGGAGGUGUAUACACCCCUCCACCACCACUACUAACACCUAUCAAUAAUAACAAUAAUCAUAAUCAUAAUAAUACCACACCAACAGCAGGACAUCAAAGUUUAGAUGUCCACGAAAUAAUCCAAUCGGCAAGCAAACAUGAACUUCAAAACUUUCUAACCGCGUUGAUCAAAUCCGAUAAUAAAAACAAAGAAAGGCUUCAGAAGUUUCAUUUCCAGAGUACUCAGUUACGGGAACAGAAACAACGGCAGCAGCAGCUGCACCUGCGGGCCGAGGCUGACGCUGUAUCUGCUGCUGCUGCUGCUGCUGUAACUACUGCAGCCGUACGGCGCGGGCAGCAGCAAGCAAACAAUGCAUCUGCAUCUGCAUCAACUACAACCUCAAACUCCACAACAGCAGAAACAGCACCACCACUACCACCACCACCAAGAAACAGCACAAACGUCAAUGCAGCAAACUCCACCCGCAAACGAAAAGCAGAAACCACCAUCUCAGUCUGCAUAACCUGUCUCCAAUCCUACGACGAAGCAGACAAUCACCUUACAGCAUGUCGAACCCACCCCGGUCCCUGGGAAGCAGAUCCGGACCACGACAUGUGGGGGGAUAUGUAUGACGGAGAUUUCGGCGGCAGGGAUGAGAAUCAUGAGGACUUUUUUAAUGAUCGUCCUGAUGCUUUUAUCAUGCAGUGUUGUGGUGAUAGGGGGGAUACGCCUGGGUGUGAGGUUUUUAGACAUGUUUCUAGGUUUGGUGGUAGUAAUUUUAAUAAUAGUAGUAAUAAUAACGGUAGUAGUAAUCUAAGAGAGGGGGGUGGGAGGUUGGAUACUACUACUUCUUCUUCUGUGGGGGUGGUUGAGGGGAGUAAUGUUAGGAGGAAGAGAGUUAGAGAACCUGAACACGAAGAUCCAUACGGCGAGGAAGACGAAGAAGACGAAGACGAAGACGAAGAAUAUUAA